AUGUUAGUUGGACAACCUCGCUUGUCCCCUCACAUCGUCCUCAGCCUUGACGCACCGCCACCCUCGCGACCCCCGUGUCCCCGUCGCCAUCACCACUCCCAUCGCUUCCUCGCACAGGCCGUCGGGCCCCAUUCCGACGCCCCGUCCACCACUCCGCGACCAGCCACUUUCUCCGUAAGUCGUGUCCCCGCCACUCCCACUAUCCUGACUUGCACGCCCACGUUUCUCCUCCCCGCGCGCGCUCCUACCCCGAACCAGCGCGGCAUCCUCUUUCCACCCCGCGCGCGCUCUUCCCGCCUCCCGCGCGGCAUCCUCUUGCCUCCCCGCGCGCGCAUUUGCUGCCUCCCCGGCGGUCUCCUCUCACCAUCCCUAGCGUGCGGCACGCGCCUUUAUAGCGCGCGCGCCUGUUGCCUCCCCGCAUGGCCUCCCCUCAGCAUCCCGCGCGUGCUCCUCGACUACUCCAACUCGCGUGAGCCUCUCGCCUUAGCGCGCGCUUCACUUGCCUCCAUGCGCGGGCUCCUCUCACCUCCCCGCUCGUCCUCCUCUCGCCGCCUCACGCGUGCAUCUCUCGCCUCCCCGCGCGUGCAUCUCUCGCCUCCCCGCGCGUGCUUCUCCCUCCACCCCGCGCGCGCCACUCUGGCCUCCCCGCGCAGCAUCCUCUCACCUCCCCGCACGUGCGACACUCGCCUCCCCUCGCGAGCUCCUCUCUCCUCACCUCCAAUGCUUGCUCCCCUCCCCUCCCCGCGCAUGCUCCUUUCUCCUCACCUCCCCACGUGUGCGACUCUCUGCUCACCCUGCGUGCGGCUCUCGCCUCCCCGCACGUGCUUCCCCCUCCUCACCUUGCGUGCUUCUCUCGCCUCCCCGCGCGUGCUCCUCACUCCUCACCCUGCGUGCUCCUCUCGCCUCCCCGCAAGUGCCCCUCUCUCCUCACCCUGCGUGCUCCUCUCGCCUCAACGCACGUGCUCCUCUCUCCUCACCAAAGGGCGUCCUCAAGCCUCCCCGCGCGUGCUCCUCUCGCCUCCCCGUGCGUGA